AUGCUGAAAGCAUUAAAAACAAAGGCUGACGAAACGGUUUUCAUGAAGUGGACUAUUCCUCCAUCGCUCCUAACAAAACAGAUCAAUGACAAUUUGAAAGAAUGUGAGUCUCUGAAUAAUUCAUUGGAUAUUUGUUACACUAAUUUUCCACAUUGUGUACUAAGUUGUAUUUGCAUCUUGUCAGCCGAAUCAGAGUGUAAAUAA